AUGGCCCUCCUGACAGAAAUGUUGGCCAUGGCACCGUACAAGGCGCCGGAGAAGAAGGAGAAUAAGAAAGGCAAGAAGAGGGAGGACCGAGAAGGCCUCCGCCCUAGAGGACCCCCGAAUACUAAGUCUGGGGAAACCCAAGCCCCCUCUGCUCAUGAGGGAGAGCAGGGAGAGGAUGGGGAGGAGAGCGACUCCUCUUGGACGAGGAAGAGGGCGGCGUCAGAUGACGCCGAGGAGGAUCAACCCCCUCCUGCUCCGAAGAGGCAAUGCAUGGCCAAGGUGGCUCUAUCUGACGAUAGCUCAGACUCCACCGAGGAUUCCGAGGAGGUUCCCCAAAGGAACCCCAGGGUCAAGCCCCCCACCCAAAGGUCAUAG